GUUUGUACAGAGCUUUUACUUACUUUUCAUAGCACAAAGCUGCUGCUUCUUCUUCCUGGCUCUUUGUGCUACAUCUCAUGGGGGAAGCACGACAUUUUUCUGGCAAAAACUGGCGUGACAGAAGGCGGUGAAUUCCAGUUUGAAGGCUUACCAGAGAGCACCACGGCACAAAUGGGCCUCCAGAACACCAAACACCCCAAAGUGAAGCAAGCUAACAUACCGAUGUUGGGACUCGAUUCUGCGGGGAAAUCCACGCUGUUGUACAAGUUCAAGUAUAAUGAUGCUUUUCUAACAAUUCCAACAAUCGGCUUUAAUGUUGAUAUGAUUGAAAUGGGGAAAGAUUUCACCUUGACGUUUUGGGAUGUUGGAGGACAGCAGAAAAUGAGGCAGGUUUGGUGCGAUUUCCUGGAAAACGCAGACGGACUGCUCUACGUUGUGGACAGCUCUGAUAAGCGACGUCUGGAAGAAUCAAAGAAAGAAUUUGAACUCAUUUUAAAGAAUGAAUUUAUAAAGAACAUACCAGUCAUCGUGCUAGCAAACAAGCAGGAUUUGCCUGGAGCUUUGAACGCUGAGGAAAUAACCAGGAAAUUCAAGGUGAAGAAGAACUGCAGUGACAGAAACUGGUACGUCCAACCCUGUUGUGCUAUCACAGGAGAAGGUUUGGCAGAAGCUCUCCACAGACUCAUCACAUUCACAAAACACUCCAGCAGAUCAAAGGAGACUUGUACAGUCUUUAAGGAAAUCAAAACACCCUAAGAAUUCCUGUCAUCAAAUUCUGGUGAAGUUCAAUCAGCGUAUUUUGUUGGACAGACUAGAUCUGAAAAUACUGGUAAACUCUUAUGAGUAAAUAUUUAUAAGAACUUGGACAAUAUUUAACUAUACUGUUAUACCUGCAGAUGCUUCUGAGAUACUACUCUGCAGCAUUUUAUUAGUGACGGUAUA